GGAUGUCUUGGUAUUUUGACAGCGCAUGGCUCCUUUAAAAAACAAACAAACAAAAAGAGUGGUGUAUUUUCACCUGAAUUUAGUUGACUUUGUUUGGCUUUACUACUUUGUCACUUUAAUAGUUAAUAGUUACUUUGUAACAUUUAAAAAACUUUUUUUUCAAUAUUUCUUUAAGAAAAGAGCCACAAUUGAGUGGAGCCUGGAGCCGCAGGUUGCAGGUUGCAGACCCCUGCUCUGGUGGAAAGAUGCGGUUUUAUGUGGAGCUGGAGAUUCCUGCCCCACGAGUGACAGAUGGACGGACAGAGGUUUAUGUGUAAAUCAGCGGUUUCCGGGUUCUUCCGGUUUCCCGGGCGCGGAACAUUCUGGACCCGGACUCAGUGCGGAGGCCGGAUGUUCGCAGAAAAGUUGUCCGGUAGUGGAUCUACGCACGCGGCGUCCCUGCUUCAGGUCACCGGCUCGAGCGCCUCGCAGCAGGACAGGUGUAAAGGUUUCCUGCAGAAGAACAAAGAUGGAUUCCUCUGAACCAGACUCUCUGCACCUCAGAGGAUCCACGGCGGUCUCCCUGAACCAGCGCUUCACUCAGCUGCUGACCCGCUCCACCACAGCAGCCCAGCCCCCCCCUCAUCUGAGGAGGAGGAGAGGGGUGUUCCGACUCCUCAGAGUGGGCGUGGCAAAGAGGAGGGCGUCGCUGUCACUGCCGAGGAGGAGGAGGAGGAGGAGGAGGAGGAGGAGCGUCUGGACUCGUCUGGGCUGGACCUGUCAUCCGUGCACAACUCCAGGCUUCUGGAGUUUCAGGAACAAGUACAGAUGGGGGGCCAGGUUCACGAUCCGGGGGUCCAGCCCGGGGGAGCCUCCAGCCGGCAGGGGGCAGGAACGCGGCGCGAGACAUCCCGAGGAAGAAGACUGUCCAAUCAACGGAGCGGCCGCGGUAGCCCCGCCCCCGAGGGAAACCGCCAUCGUGAAAUCAAACGGGCUCAGUGACAGCACCUGCGGCACCAUGGGGAGCUCCGUGCCGUCUGAGGAGGACCAUGAGGAGGCGGGUCCGGACCGGAGCGGAUCCACGGAGUCCUGUGAGGAGAAGCGUGCUGUUCAGGUGAGCUCACCUGCGUACCUGCUGCUGAACGUCUGCUCUGCUGCAGCCGGGGGGGGCGGCGUCCUCCAGGGGAAGCGGGCCAAGAAGACGGUGGAGAGGCUGGACCUCCAAGCCCCCAAACAGAAGGAGAAGCUGAGGAUGGGAGACGGUAAGCUGCCGGAGCGCGCCCCACCGCCGUCCUGCCGCUCAGCGGCUGACCGCAGGUUCGAUUCCCGCCCUGCAGGGGCUGGAGACAAACUGGGGGACAUUCCACGCACCUCCUACCAGAUCAACAGGAUGAAGGCCGCGGACCUGAAGCCGCUCCACUCCAUCCUGUACGACCGGCCCGGGAAGGUAAAGCCCGCAGGUGACCGGCCCGGCCCGCUCAGAACCCUCUCCUCACCCGGUCCCUUUCAGGUGUCCACCAUGAAGAGGAACCUGCGCCUGUUCAACGGCUUCCCCUUCCAGGCGGACAGCGAGCAGUUCCACCGCAAACGGGACAAGCUGCUGAAGAGCUCCAGCCUCAGCAACAGCAAGCUGAAGCUGGUCUGCACCGUCCUGGACCUGGAGAAGAAGGGGACCCACUCAGACCUGAUCCACAGGAUCCUCGGCUUCCUGCUAUCGCCCAAGAACAGCGGAAAGCGGCUUCCUGUGAAGAAGAGGAGGAGGUCCAAGAAGAAGCUGACCGGCGAGGACUCCAAGAAGAAGAGCCGGCCCAGAGAGCGCAGCUCCUGCACCCCCAAGAAGUCCAGAACCAGAAGCAAGUCCAGCGCCAUCGUCAUGGACUCCAGCAGUGACGACGAAGACGAGAAGACGGCAGCUGCAGCGGCGCAGUCUGAUGGGGAAGAUGAAGAGGAGCGGCGCUCUGAGACAUCAGAAGAUGAAGAGCAGUCCUCCAGGUCGGAGUCGGACCGAGCCAAGAAGAAGACGGCCACGUCCCAGGAGACACCAACGAAGAAGAAGAGGAUGAAGAAGAGGAGCUUGGAGGAGCUGCAGCCCAGAAAGAAGAAAGCCGCUCCGCUCCGACCUGCAGCCAAAGUCAAGAAGGCCGACAGCAGCAGAGCCUCCAACACAGCUGCAGACGCAGUCUCUCACCUGCGCACGUGUGCAGCUGCAGACAGCUCUGAUGACGACCAGCCGCUCAUCAAGAUGAUGAAGACGAGUGUGAGUGAUGAGAAGCUGAAGGAGACGCUGCAGACGCUGCUGAGAGACGCCGACCUGGGGGAGAUGACCAUGAAGAAGAUCUGCCAGCAGGUGUUCGACAUGUUUCCAGAACACGACCUUAGCAGCAGGAAGGACUUCAUCAAACAGACCGUUAAGGAUAUCAUCACAUGAAGAUGCAGAGAACACCCCCCACCCCUCCCCCGCUGGUUUUCCUUUAGUGUUUGUUACCUGUUUGAAUGUUCUUUUGUUUAAUAAAGUUUUACAGUUUUGAACAAAA